AUGCCGCGGCGCCUGCUGCAGCGGGGCGCGGGCGCCAAGGGACCGCCAGCCCCUGCCUCCCGGCGCUCGCACCCCGCCUCCGCACCCCGGAGCCCGCCGGCCACCACCGCCAAGCCGCUGCUGCGCUGGGACGAGGUUCCCGACGACUUCGUGGAGUGCUUCUCCUGUCCAGGCUACCGGCGGCUGCCGUGCACCGCGCAGGAGUGCCUGGCCUCGGUGCUGAAGCCCACCAACGAGACGCUCAACUUCUGGACGCACUUCAUCCCGCUGCUGCUGUUCCUCAGCAAGUUCUGUCGCCUGUUCUUCCUGGGCGGCAGCGACUUGCCCUUCCACCACCCCUGGCUGCUGCCGCCUGUGGUGCUAUGCGUUCGGGAAGUGCUGCUGACCUUCGCCAUGAGCUGCACGGCGCACGUGUUCAGCUGCCUGUCGCUGCGCCUGCGCGCCGCCUUCUUCUACCUGGACUACGCUUCCAUCAGCUACUACGGCUUUGGCAGCACCGUGGCCUACUACUACUACCUGCUGCCCAGCCUGAGCCUGCUGGACGCCAGGGUCAUGACGCCGUAUGUGCAGCAGCGCCUGGGCUGGCACGUGGACUGCACCCUCCUCAUCGCGGUCUACCGUGCGCUCGUGCUGCCCGUGGCCUUCGUGCUGGCCGUGGCCUGCACCGUGGCCUGCUGCAAGAGCCGCACUGACUGGUGCUCCUACCCCUUCGCCCUGCGCACCUUCGUCUUCGUCAUGCCGCUCAGCAUGGCCUGCCCCAUUAUGCUGGAGAGCUGGCUCUUCGACCUGCGAGGCGAGAACCCCACGCUCUUCGUGCACUUCAUAGAAAACUUCUACCGCCGCUACUUCUGGCUGGUGGUGGCCGCCUUCUUCAAUGUCAGCAAGAUCCCUGAGCGCAUCCAGCCGGGUCUCUUUGACAUCAUCGGCCACAGCCACCAACUCUUCCACAUCUUCACCUUCCUCAGCAUCUAUGACCAGGUGUACUACGUAGAAGAGGGCCUGCGCCAGUUCCUCCAGGCGUCCCCUGAUGCGCCCACCUUCUCCGGCACUGUGGGCUACAUGCUGCUGCUGGUGGUUUGCCUGGGGCUAGUCAUCAGGAAGUUCCUGAACAGCUCGGAAUUCUGCAGUAAAAAGUGAGCCUCCACCCGGGAGGAGGCUAUGGUUUGCCCACCUGUUUGCGUGGAGUUUCUGUUGUUAUUGUUGGUUUGUUUUCAAGUUUUGUUGUUUCCUUUGCUAGAGGAGGGUGCUGUAGACCACAAGGAAAAGGUCUGGGCUAGUUGGGGACCGCAGUCCCCUGGCUUUGGAAGAGGAGAUGGGGAUGAAGCAGAAGGAAAAGGGCCUCUGGGAAGAAAAUUAGGUAUUGUCUAUUCAGGGAUUUUGCAAAGACACUGAAGAAAAUCACAGAACCCCAAGCAGUUGGCGUUCCUAACAGUCUUGUGUGUCCCUUAGUGAAUUCAGGCAGGUAUGCAGUAAAGAGGAUAAACACAAAUCCCUGGCUGCUCCCACUGCAGUCUAGAAAUGCUUGGAUUUGUCAAAAGAAUGGACCUUUCUGUGUUGAGAAAUGGGCACAGAGACACAAACCCAGGGCUUAACCCGCUAGACAAUGCAUGGAAUGUGAACACAAGUUAAUUAUUUCAAAAUGUUUAUCAUAUGUUAUUUAAGUGAUAAUAUAUACAAUAAUAUUUUUUUCAUAAUUUA